GACAUUACGACAUGACGCACACGUUUUGUUGACAUCCAGCGUGAGAAAAAUGGCCUCUACGUGGGAAAUACGUUUAACGGUGGUAUAUUUAAGCGUAUUGUGUGUCCUGGCCAACGCACAAUCGAAACAAAUAACCACGGAAACAGUCGUGUUAAAUGUGACAGCGGUUAGUGAAACUAACCAGACUCAGUACAGUGUACAGAUAAAUUUAACUCUAGGUCUUUCGGACAAUGAAACAUUCAUUAAUGGAGCUCAUCUCAAGCCUUCAGGAGUCACAAGGAUGACAUGUCCUGCUCUUUUGUUGGAUGGUUCUAACGUGAGCUCUAGUAAUCUGGAGGAGGGGUUGGUCAGCAGUGAGCUGAGGCUGAUGGGUAAUCAGUCAUAUGUUCAGAGUGAUGCUGGAGAGCAGCUUCUGUUACUCGUCCUGAGUCAGGAGAUAAUCCAGCUGGCAGAUGAAAAGGUCCAGCAGCCAGAUGCGUAUGAGGUGGAGAUCCUGUGGAACCAGAGCUCUGAGGAGAUCACACAGGUGACCAAUAUUUACCCUUCAACAAGAAGCAAGCUCUCAGACAUCCCACGAGAGAGUGACGUCUUGGUGUCUAAUGCGUCCAUUCAUAAUACAGUUGAAGACCAAGUGCUUAACACCACCAGCCACUAUCUACUCAAACACGCAGAGACCACGCAGGAGGAGAUUGCUGCUCCGGGGAAACUCCCUGAAACUCCCUUGAGGAUGGACCCUGAAACCUUGUAUGAGUCUAGAGAGGAAGAGGAAAGGACUGCAGAUUCCUUGCUGCUUGGGCCUCCUCUAAGCGGGACCAUGUCCUCCUACAGUGUGGCAUGUCAGUGGGUCGAGAGGCUGAGGGAUAAACUGAGGCGCUUCUGGUCUGAUUCUGUCCCGCUCUUCUUCUUGAUCAUGUGGGUGGUGGUGGGUUGGUAUUGCAGGUUCGGCGGUCAUCAUUAAGAUCCUGGAUCUUCU